UUUUACCCGAUACUUGUUACCAAGAGUAAGGAAAAUAGACACCAAAAUGACAAUGUGUAGCACGAAGGUUUUGUUGUUGGUAUUAUGGCUCGCAAUGUGUGUGGGAACAUGUAGAUCUUGGGUUGAAGAUGUUGCUGAAGAAGGGCCCAAAGAAAACACCGACUCUUUCUCUGAUUGGACUCUACGUACAUUUUCCCAAAAUUUGGGGUUGGAAAAUAAUGACGCCACUGAAAACAUCAAGUAUAAAGCUGAAGAUGCUGCUUCAAGGGCCACAGACACAAUCAAAUCUGCAGCAUCAGGAGCUUCUGAGUAUGCUUCUCAAAAAGCUACAGAUACUAAGGAAGCAAUUUCCGGAGCCAUGCAAUAUGGAAGUGAAAAUGAAAUCAUUAAAAUGCCAAUUGAUAAAGAUACAGUGCAAGAUACCUAUGAAGAUGCUAAGCAAAAACUUAACACAGCUUCAGAUAUGACAUCAGAAAAAUUCUAUGAUGCAAUGGAUAAAGCAAGCAAUGUUUAUGAUGAAGCUAAGCAUAGAAUUAGUGAGAUGGAUUUAGGUAAUAUUGGUUAUUAUGAUGAAGCUAAGGAGAGAGUUAAGAUAGCUUCACAAAAAAUGUAUGAUGUCAAAGACAAAGUAAUAGAUACAAUGGAUUGUGGAGGAGAUAAAAGCAAUGAUGCAAAAGAUAAGAAUGGAUAUGGUAAAGAUGAAGUGGAAGAAACUUUUGAGCAAGCUAAACGCCAAGUGGGUGAAGCUUAUAUGUCAGCGAGGAAUUCCAUGACUGAAGAAGCUAAAGCUAAAUAUGAGGCUGCUAAGGAGAAAGCUUCAGAUGCCACAGGGAAUCUUGGAGAUAAGAUGAGGAACACCCCAUAACUAUAAUUAAGGUAUUGUUAGAAACUUAAAGAACUUUUAUAUAUGAGUCAAAUCACUACCAAUUGAAUCUUUUUUAGUAAACUUUUUUUUUAUUAGUUUUUAGCUCUUCUUCAUGUUACUACUUAUUUAUAUAGCUAGUGGCUACAAAGUUUUGUUGUGAUACAUGUUUUUGUAUUUCUUUUUAAAAAUAUAGAUAUGACACUCCCCCAUUAUGUUAUUGGGAAUUUGUAUUACUACACACCUAAACCCAAUUGUAUCUAUAACAUUUUGUUGUUAGUUUAUA